UCAUGUAAUCUUUGAUUGCUUUCGGUCUUGUGAUUUUGACGUUAGGUUUAGCAUUUUAAUCGAAUGCAAUGGGGUUAUGUGUAUUUGCAGUUACAUAAGGCGUGACGGGCGUCAGCAGCCAUGGAGUGACAGGAGGAGCCCUUCUCCACCAUGGGGGAUGAGGCGGGCGCGGCGGGCGCGCCCUGCCUGUUUGAGAGGACGUGCCUGGUGUCGGCCGACAGUGUGCGCCUCUCGGCUCGCUGCGCGCUGGGCCAGCGGCAGCUCAUCGCGCUCGUCAUGCAGUCUGGUGACCUCAUGCUGUACUACCGCCGCGGGCAGCCGGGCGAGCUGCCUGUCAUGAAGCAUGUGCCGUGGUUCGGCGACGGCAACAAGAAGAUAGUUGCACUGUGUUUCGACCCGCCUGGAAACUGGCUCCUGGUGGUGGCGUAUGACGGCUCCAUCUUUGUGGUGCCGGCUCUGUGCGUGGUUGAUCCCGGUGCGCCACCAGACCACCGCUGGUCCAUGGACGACGUGACAGCGUUCCCGGGGGCCGUGGCGGGGCGGGGCCGGCCCACGGCUGUGGCGUGGUGGCAGGGCGUGCGGGAACCCCGCCAUGUGGCGGUCGUCGGUACCGAUCAAGGCGAGCUGUGCUUCUUCAGCCUGGCGGCAGGUGUAUCUGCAGGCGACACGCGCGUGACCGCUCCCAUCGAGGCGCUGCACGUGUGCGGGGACAAUGGCCUGGACUCCGUGUUCCUGCUCAUCACGGGCCGGCAGCGCUGCCAGUGGAGGCUGUUGCUGGAGCAGGGCGCGGCCGACUACUGCUGGCUGCUGGACGUGUCUCCUGCGGCUACGCUCGAGUCCAGCGCGGAUCUUGAAGGGGCGAAAAAUUCCGGCAACCCUCAUCUUCCAACAGCGAGGUCCCGGCUCCAAGGGCUGAAGCAGCUUUCAGUCGAAAAGUUGGCGCACCUGAAACUUAAAUUGGCAGAGACAAGACUGAGAAGCACGAACAAUUUUCACAUACGAGAGCCGGGAGCCGCGGAGGUCCGCGACGAGGGCGAGGCGGUGGAGCCAGCCGUGCACCCCCCUGGCUCCGGGCCCCUGCCCGAGCGCGUCAGCACGCAUGUGGGGGACGUAUUCCUCUGGCCGCAGUACGCGCGUGACCGCUACUUGCUGUCCGGGUACCAUGCCCCCUCCAGCAUCCUCACGAUCCACAGCAUGAGCAUGGACGUGGUGCCAUUGUUCGUAUACAAGCUGCCUCCCGACUGCCGAGACGUGCUUGUCACAGACCGGUUCCUCUUCGUCACGGACGAGGACGAGCGGAAUGUGUUGGUGGUGUCAUGCCACUUUGCAGAGAGCCGAUUGGACUGUGAUAUAGACUACAACAUGGACUCAGUGGUGGGGACGUUCGAACUGGGCACCGGGGAGCGGGUGCUGGCGCUGUAUCGGCAGGGCGGCGCGGCCCGGCCUCGACAGAACCCUGCUGUGAGGGAGGCUCCAGGGGCUGAGGGCCGGUCACGUGGGCACAAGAGGUCCUCCCUGCAGUUCAUUGCUCCGCCCAGCGGGGACGUGGUGGACACAGUGAAUACGGUGGUGGAGAGUCCUCCAGUGGACUCGUGUGUCCUGGUCACCACCGCCGGCAUCUACCAGCUGGCUCUCAGGCGGCCGGCGGCGCAGGUGUUCACGGAGCUGGUCCUGCAGCGGCAGCAGCUGGAGACGGCCGAGCGCGUCGCCCUCAUGUUCGGCCUGCCCCUUCAGGAGCUCCUGGAGCGCGCGGGGGAUGCGAAGCUCGCCACGCGGGACUUCCCCCAGGCCAUUGCGCUCUACAAGCUGUCCAGGUGCAGCCACCUGAAGAGUGUGCUGAAGUUUGCGGCAGGCGGGCACUCGGCGGAGCUGCUCGGCUUCAUCACGUGUCUAUUCUCGACGGCCGGGCUGGACCUGACGACCGCAGAGAGGAUACACCUGUCCAACCUGGCAGUCAUGAGCCACACAGAGCAGCUUCUGCGCACCACCGCCUCCAAGGCUACACCCUUCAAGCAGUUUGUCAAGUUUCUUCGGGACAACCCGUGGUACGACGAGGUGCUGGCGGUGAAUGUGGCUGGGCAGACGGGCCUUUGGGAGGUGCUGCAGUUCCUAGCGAGCCACCGUGGCCUACACCAGGAGGUGCUGGAGGUCACGUCAUCCGUAGUGGCAACCCUGCUAGAGGGAGCUGGUCGUCCCGCCCCAACCGCUGCUACCACCGCCACCACCGGGGCCCUGCUUCGCCCUGCUUCACUGCUUGAUGCGGGGCUGUGGAUGUGCGUGAGUGACCCCACGCUCCUCCCCGCGUUCCUGGCUCGGCCCCAGCACUGCAAGGUUCACCUGCAGUUCGUGACGGCCUGCCUGCCACGCCUCGAGCCAUUCGCCCUCCAGAGGCUGGCAGCGCUGUAUGACCCGUCGUCGCCCCUGCUGCGACCCGGUCUGCGCGGCCUGCUGGGCCGGGACAGCGGCUCCCCCGGGCAGUCCUUGGACUGCUCGGACGAGGGGAGUGGGGCCGUGCCGCUGGAGGAGGUGCUGCAGCAGUUUGUGCUCGUGCUGCUGCACCUGGCGGCCAAGACGGUCGGCCUGCGUGCCUUCCACCCGGGCCUGGUGCCCGACGUGCGGCCUCCGGACCUCGGCGUGCAGGAUGUGGAUGACUUGACUCCGAACCCUGUGCCAGUCCAGACCACAUCGCUGAGCGCUGGCUUUGCGCACGUCGCCCUCGUGCGCAAUGGCACUGCACUCACUUGGGGGAGCACUGCCCAAGGCUGCCUUGGAACGGGCCCCACGCUGUCUCAGUACAGUGGUGUCCAGCCUAUCACCUUCUUUCCAAGCUUGAAGCUGGAAGUCUUGAGCAUCUCCUGUGGCCGGCUGCACACCGUCGCUCUCACAGAUAAUGGUGUGUUCACGUGGGGCUCCUCCCAGUACGGGCAGCUGGGUGUGGGCCGCACCGGUCGCUCGUCGCGGCCCCGGCUGGUCGAGGCUCUGUGCCGGGAGCGAGUGGUCGCGGUAGCCACGGGUCAGUACCACUCGCUGGCGCUGACGGGUGACGGUCGUGUGUACUCGUGGGGCUGGGGCGUUCACGGCCAGUUGGGGCACGGCUCUGUCGAAGAUCUUCACGUACCUGCUCUCGUGCGCGCCCUCUCCGGCAAGGUUGUGGUGCAGGUGUGCGGAGGCUACGCUCACUCUCUUGCACUCACCGCCGACGGCCGCGUCUUCUCAUUUGGUUCGAGCAUGUUCGGCCAGCUGGGGCACGGCUGCACGGGCAAGAGCUCUGUGCCGGUGCAAGUUGCUGCACUGCCAGAGGGCAUACGCAAUAUCGCCACCAGCUACUUUCACAACCUGGCGGUGAGCGUGUCGAACAAGCUGUACGUGUGGGGGUCGAGCCCCCAGGUGCUGCGCGUGCAGGCUCAAGCCCAGAAGAAGGCCCGCCUCCUCCACCAUCAGCUGCUACAUGGCUCAGAGCCGGCGGGGCUCGAGAGCCCAUCCCGGUCGCGGCCGCGCCUCGCGUCCGACGACGAGCACUUCUCCUCUGCUAUCAACUACUCAGACUCCGACUUCGAGGACAUCGCGGACUCCCCACGUGGCGAGAACGCCGCCGCAGUCAGAACCCAUCCCUCGCCCAGCGAGUCGGGGGAACCGGAAGUGUGUCUGGACCCUGCGGGGCUGCUUGUGGACAAUCGGAGUUUGACGAAGAAGCCGGCGGCCGUUUGUCCACCCCAGAGGAUCUCCGGAGGAAACGGGAUGCCACGCUCGUCUGCGCUGGAGGGGCUAAAGGGCACCGGGAAGAACAACGUUCACCUGAACGCAGUACUGUCGGGUGUGGUGUCACGCGAGGACUUGGUGAUUCAGUCUGUCGUCAGCCCCACAAUGGAGUUCAAGGGACUCACCACGACACCAGUCUCCCUCCAUGCCGGCAAUGCCCACAGCAAGACGAGCGAUGGAGGUGCGCACCAAGGCCAGCCCGACAGUCCGGAGGAUGGGCAGUCGCAUCUCUUGCCACAGCUAGUCGACACCUCCCUUGUCACGGGGAGGAUUGUGCAGGUGGUGUGUCGGCAGGUAGCGUGCGGCUGCCACCAUUCGGCCCUGCUGUCGGAGGGAGACGGGCUGUAUGUGUGGGGUCGCAACCUGGACGGCCAGCUGGGGAACGGCACAUGCAAGGAGGUGCCCUUGCCAACACCUCUGUCCUCUGCCCUGGCGCACGCCCCCCUGCCACCCGCCCGGACGCGAGGGGGCGGAAAGCUGCACGUCCCAGUAGUGAUGCCGGGCGGGGAGCGUCUGCGCGCCCGACAAGUGGCAUGCGGCUGCGAGUUCACCGUCGCUCUCGACGGUUCCGGCAAGGUGUGGGCCUGGGGCAGCAACGCCGGCGGCCAGCUGGGCAAGCCGCCCAACGAGGAAUCACGUGCGCUGGAAGGCAAGCUCUUCAUGCUGAAGUCAGCCAAGAGGGUGAUCAAGCUGCCGCAUGGCUCUGGCAACUCGAGCAACACUCCCAGAGAGGUGCCGGGCGUACCCAGCUCCACCAUAUCCUUCAAGCACGGGCUUGGAGCUCGUCGAUGUUUGCCCGCCCCUGUCCACCCUGGAGAAGCCCAGCUACGGCCUGCUGACGCUGCACUACGUGAUGCAGCGCUUCCACGGCUUCUACGACUCUGGCCUCGUGAUGAGCAAGGUCUGGCUGCGACCGAAACAGAGUCUAGUCUUGAACUGGAGAACUACCAGGCGGCAGCAAAGUUGGCAGCCCUGGACCGGAACUACCCUCUUGCCCUGUCGUACCAGCUGAAAGCCCUGGCGCUGGCGGUACCUGAGUCGGUACUCCACUCCAGCCAGGGACUUGGGCAAGGGAAGUCUCCGGUGACAGACAGUCAGAAUGGAGUUCGACUGGUUAAUAGUGGGAUUCUACCGGAGCAAACGAAUGGUAUCUCGGACGCUUUAGCAAAUAAUUCAUUGCUGGAGGCGAAAGGAAACGAUAAUACAGAGCGUGUUUCGGAAAUCAGGUUGAGCGCUGAAUUACUAGCUAAAGUCAAGGAUUCUGAUAGUGCUUCUAGAUUAAACUCCAGUGAUCAGUCUGAUGACAUAGAGAAAUACAGUCAUGAUGUGGAGUAUAUCUCGGAGAAGAAUGCUGUGCCUGGUGGCUCCCCUGUGGGGUACAUGAACGGCUUGGAGAGCAGAGCGCGGGAGCCAGCGAAGGAAAGACGUGAGGGUGAGAUCCAUGCAUUCGCGGUAGAGGGAGGCAAGGAGCAGAUGUUUGAAGCUGGUCAGUGCCCGUCGAGCCCGGACUCUGCGUCGUCCCUUGCAAACACCCCGGAGGCAUCCCGGCUGCCCGGCGAGUCGCCUGCCUUGGCGCGGGACAUCACAUUGUCUCGCCUGUCACUGAGGCUGGAUCUGCAGUCCCCUUGUGCCCAAGUGCCGACACCAAGCUUGCCAACCCUCACAACACCAAGCUCGUGGGCCGAGUCACCGCGGGGCCCGGGCGGGCUCCCGGGAGGAACGACACCGGCACAGUUCGUGAUGACCAGCUAUCGAGACCUCAUGCAGCAAGCAUCUGUGAUAGUGGAGUACUAUGUGUCUGUCAUGGAAGAGGACAGCCAUGCCAUGAUGAACAAGCUCUUGCACAAGGGAAUAGAGUUCUGGCUGCAGCACUCGCUGCCCAUGGACUCGCUGGAGAACCUUCUCUUGAAGCACAUGUCCAAGUUCUUCUACCCUCUGGGCCUGCUUAUGUUUUGUCAGCGGCCUGGUUGCCGGGACAGGACGGACGACGAUGGUGACGACCGCACAUCUGCGGUUUUGGCCAGCCUGUCCACCAAGUUCUCCCUGCAGCUCUGCUCAGUCCUGUUGUCGCACCUGCAGCAAAGGAAGCAGUGCCCCGAGUACGUGGAGGUGCUGGCUCGCUGUGCAGCUGGUGGCACGGGCUCAUGCGCGGCCGGGGAGAAGUCCCAGGAGCAAAUGAUGGAAGAGGUAUUCCAGAACCUGGGCGUGCAUGGCAGACCAGGGGAGACGCCAGUGCAGCCGUGUGUCCGCUUCAAGGACAUGUCGGUGCUGAAGCAAGGCAGCGGUGUCCACCAGUCGCCGGAGCAGCUGUACGUGUUCUCAUGCGGACACCACUACAGCGCAGACGGGCUGAAGCGCGAGCUGGACGCUGGGCUGCGCGGCCUGACACAGCCACUGCCCAACACUGCGCGCAUGCUGCAGGAGGUGUUCAGCAUGGACGCCCCCAGCCUGCACCUCGCGUGCCCCAGCUGCGUGCUGGCCUUCCUGCAGCAGCAGGCCGUGCCUGCGCCGUAGCCCCUCUCUCUCUCACUUGCCCACUUGCAGGUGAUCUACUAGCUCGGUAGCAGACUGUUCAACUUGUUUCCUUACUUUAAACUUUAUACAUCUUAGGCAUGUUGGAUCUUGCAAAAAAAUAUUCGAGCCAUUUACGUACCUGCACACUUUUAACAAAUGCAGCAGAAAGGCACAGCCAGAUGACGGUUUAAACCCGUCACUACUUGAGUAAGUCAACCUUCAUCUGCAUGUACUCAAGCUCAAUGUUAUGUGUUCGAUGUGUCAAGACAUUUUUCUUUGAAUUUUGUUCUUUAGUUUAGAAAAAAUACAUUUUUUAUCCAUGUUUUCAAUUUAAUUUGAGGUUCUGAAGAAUAAAAAAAAGUGUAAAUAUUUAAUAUUUUUUAAAGAGAAAUGACAUGAGUUUCUGUUAUUGUCUCCUAAAGGUUGAUAUAAUAAAACAAUGAACUCUAGUUCUCUGCAUUCUAACAGAUUGUAAUUUUAUAUUUAAUCUUACAUUACAUACAAGAACUUAAUUUCAUCCUGAAUGAUUCUUCUAUCUGAAAAGUUGCUUUGAGUCAAGUAUAUUGUUGUUUUAUAGGAGACAUGUGCAUUAUCUGGAGACAGGGUCUUAAUCUUGGCUAAUUUAACUUAAUUUUUUUAUAUUAUCCUUUCCCGAAACACAUAAGAAAUAAUAACUAACUUUUAAAAACAAUAAUGUAUUUUAUUAAAUGUUGUGAUUUAGUGAUGUGUUGGUUCCACUUUAUUCCCAGUUCUUGGUUCGGUUCGCGGUCUUAGUUUUAGGUUAACAUACACACAAUUUAAAAUCACACCAAAGAUACUGCUUUAAUAAAUGGUGUGUUUGUUUAACAUGACUUAUCAACACCCCAUUUUACCAUAAUUAGACCCCCAACAAGUCCACUAACCUCAAGUAGCACAGUUGCUUCACAUGUCACUAGAUGCUGGAGUAGCACUGCACCAACAUCCUGGGAAGCAGCAAUAAUUAGUAAUAAAUAUUAAUGACUUUUUUUUACUGGGUCAGUAAUAUAUAAAUAUUUGUUCAUAAAAGAUUAAGUAAAUCAUAAAAAUAAAUAAAAAUUUAUUCUGUUGUAGCCACAUAACAAAGCAAUUGCAAGUUACGCAUAUAUUAUAAUAGGUAAGGGAUGGAACCUCCCAGUUAAGAGGUCUCUUAAAGAGUAUACAGUAGAACCCUGUUAUAAUGUUUUUCAAGGGAGCACAAGAAAAAAACAUUAUAAGCAGGAAAACGUUAUAAGCAGGAAAUCUCUAUUUAGCACUUAACAAUGUUCGAGCUUUGUACCAAUGGACUCACCAAGCUAUGUAAACAACUUUAAUGUUAAAACCAAAGAUAGUAUACAUACUUGAUACAUGAAUUUUCUGAAACAAGCCAACAAUUUUUCAACUUCGUCUUGUUCCCUGGUUAAAUUUAGUUUGUCUUUAAAGAUACACUGCCACAUUUUUUUGUAAAAUUGUCUCACGAUUCAUGAUGACAACAUUAAGAGUGAGAACGUCUACUCCUUUGCCAUCUGAAAAUGUUUAAUUUUGGGAUUCCUACGUAUGAAUGAAAAAAAAAAAAAUAAAAAUAUUUUUAAGCAAUAGAAAACACUUUUAGUUAUGCCCUCGCUCAAUGGUUGGCAACUUAUAUAUCAUAGGACUAUGUACGUGCAACUGAAUACCCACAGGAAUGGCAAGGAAGAGAAGAGUUGACUAAGGGUGCCAACUGACACGUAACUAUGAACAUUAUGUACCUUCAGUAUAUUGCAUAAAAUUGUAUUUUAACAAACUUCAUGUAUUGUAUGGCAGUGAUUGUAAACAUAACAUACAUAAAGGAAACUUUUAUCGUAAGUGUUGGAAUAAUUUGGUUUUAAAACAUUUUUCCCCCAUUUAUUGAAUGCUAGAAAGCAAACAUUAUAAGCAGGAAAUUACACUAUUUAUGAACGUUAUAUGCAGGAAAUAAAUACAUUGUCCUUAUGGGGGAAAUAUUGGGACUUUAAAAAUAUGACAUUAUAAGCAGGAAAACAUUAUAUGCAGGAACAUUAUAACAGGGUUCUACUGUAUUAAUACAUAUUUUUACAACCUAUGUAGGGAGAACUGGGUUUGUAAGGGAUAGCCCAAUUAAGUUUUGUUACAGUUUUAUUAAUUACUAAUAUAUUCAUUACUAGAGUCUCGAUUUUAUGGUGUUAUUUUUUGAUCAAUUUUGUUUUAAAAAUAUGAGAUUUCGGUGUUAUCGGUUUUAUUUUUAGUAAAAGUUAAAAACCAUCGUUUAUUAACAAAACUAAAUAACACCAGCAUUUUAUAACUUACAAGAAACAGCAACAUAUAACAAUACUCAAUACAAAAACAGCAACUCAAAAAGAUGUAUUUUUUCUGUGCUUAUCAGUUAUCACUAUCCAUUUACAUUUACUGAAAUGUAAGCAUUGUCAGAUAUUCAGCAUUUUCUGGUUUAAGAUGCUGCCUACGAUCACUAACAACUAAUGAAUACUUGAAAAUGAACGUUCGCAAUCAUUAGAUGUAGGGAACCAGAUUGCCUUCAGUCCUGCAUGGGAAAAGUCACUAUAGUCACCUUUCAAGGCACACAAAAUUUUGGUUUUCUGGGUUUUGAAAGCUCCUCUUCAAUUAUUUUCUUAAACACUUGAUACCCUUCCAUAAACACAUCAGUGGGAAGUUGAGACAUCUUAGGCAAGUUUUGGAUGUACUGACUAAAGUCUGAAGUGUGUACGUAUACUCAUCCUGCGUGUGUUUCGUGGAUUGAAGAGUCCAAAUGUUUUCCUUGAGGGGUCAUUUAGAACAAGUUCGGACAGUUUGUUUUCACAUUUCUGGGCUGUCAGCUUUAGAUGCAGUGUCAGCUUUGCUUGCUCAACAGUGGAUAAAUGACUUAUCCUUUCAUUUACAGAAGAUUAGAAAAUACCCUUGCUCAGGAGAUCAAACUUAUUUUGAAGGUUCUUAAUUUUGGAAGCUAGGAUAUGAGCUGUAGGGUAGGAUGAGCCUUCAAGGUAGACAAUCAGUUCAGUCCGAUGUGCACAGUUGUCUGCCACAAACAUUGCCUGAACUUGAACGAUAGCUAAAUCUUCUGCAGACAUUUUAUUUAGAAAUUUUAUUCUACUGUUGUGCUCACUGAACUUUUCAAAGAAUUCGACAAUGUCUUUUAAAUGUGCAUUCAAAUACACAGCUGCUUCAAACCAUGUAUUCCACCUGGGGUUACAACAGGUUGUGGAAACAACUUUUGUUUUGUAGGAUCAGCAGGGUAUUUUGUUUUGAGAAAUUCUAGAUAUUGAUGCUUUCGCUUUCUGGUAUUUAAGAAAGCAUUUUUCACCUUUACUACAGUCGUGUUGAGCUCUUCAAGAUGUGUUUGCCACAUAACCCCUACCAAAUGAAUCUUGUGGGCCCAGCACUGCACAUGUUUGAAAUUGUCACCCAACAAUCCUUCAAGAGUCUUGGCACAUUUGGUCAUAUACCUGGCAGAGUCAGUUACAAAUGCUGAUACAAGAACAUAAUCCACUUCAUACAUUUGAAGUGAGUCAACAAUAGCACGAGCACAUGAAGAGGAAUCAGCACAGUCUAAUACAACAGAUGCAGCAAGGAAAACAGCCUGUGUUGUGGAUGGUUCUAUUGUUUUUAAGACAACGUUGAAAACACAAUGUCUACCCCUGUCAGUAGGUUUGUCACUUAUAACUGCAACUGGUUUGUUGGUGAUUGCUGCCUUAAUAUCUUGACGUUUCUGUUCUGCAAUCGCGGGUAUAUACUUUCUGCGCAGCCAGUCGGCUGUAGGUAAGUCACCACCACCUUUGACAUAUUCACCAAACCAUUCACGAAGUUUGGGAUGGUCCAGCUUCUCAACUGGAAUGUUUGCUGAAAGAAAUGCAUAUGUAGUUUUUGCUACAAACUCUUCUUUUUCAUUCUUAAAUUUCUUCCCAAUCUCCACUGAUUCUGCUAUUGAUAUCUGUCGUUUCGAACUAGAAUUCAGACUCACUUUUGCUUUCUUGUGUUUCUCGCUUGCCACAUGUUUUACAAGAGUAUCACGGCGCUCAUGUUCUAGUCUACAGUUACAGUACUUACACAUUAAAUUACUGUCAAACAAACAAAACCAGUCAUUUUUAAAUUCUACUGCUCUGUCACUAGGUGAUACUUUCGGCUUCGGCAUCGCACAUACCCUGAAUUCUUUAGUUAUUUCACGAAACUGCCUCCGUUGUAUUUAAAAUAAAAUAACACUUUUUUUUUCCUUUUCAUAGAUUAACCUGUUUGCAAAAUGUGUGAAAACUCUAUGGCUAGAGUACUGUUUCAGUGUCGCAAAGUACUAGUGUACCCUCCUUAUUGGAACAUGCUCCGAGAUUUUUUCCGCCUAAUCUAGGUUUCACGUCUUUUCAUUGUAUGUAUCUAUGGACUCUAUGAAGUGAAGAAUCAAAACAAAGCACGGACAUUGUACAUAUAACCUGUAUUUCAUUUUAUAGUGGUCUAGAAUGGAAUUCAAAACUUGCCGAGUUGAUUCCAGCCAUAAUGAUGCUACAGAAACCAGAUAAAUAAAUAAUAAUAGCUACUGAAUGUUGCCUAUUUUCGUGUUUUGUCGUGUUUUUCGGUGUUUUGUCGCACGUUAAUGUGUUUUUCGAUGUCGUUUUAUGGCGAUUCACCAUAUAAUCGGGACUCUAUUCAUUACUAAUAAAUAGUUGUACUUAAAAAUGUCCGAUCACAAGUCACUCAAUGUCUGUGGAGUAGCUCACAGUAGUUCACCCCUUACCUUGCGCCUGUCCUCACACACAGUCUCGCGCCACUCAGUUGCACUCUAUCGAUCCUGUCGCUCCGCAUUGCGCCAUACUCGGAGGAGUCUCUCACCCUUUACACCAAUGCGCACUUCCCUUUACCCACGGAACUCCCUUGUAACUCAGCAUCGCUGCUUAUGUACUUGUGGCGCCCUUCUUGAACCGACAAGAGUGGCUGUGACGAAACGCCUCAUCCCAGGCCAACCCGAUGCCCGAAAAGUCCAGAAAGGUGGUAUUUAUUCAUGCCACUCGGUACGGCGGCCCGCGGAAUUCCCAUGGCAGCUCAGCGAUAGAUAACAGCACUGUGGAAGUGAGAAGGGGGAAGGGGUAGUGAGUCUGAAUCGGCUAGCCUACGCUGCGUGUAAGCGUCUGCAUGUCUCUGCUGAGACGUUGAGACACUCUAAGACCCACUAGUAAAGUUUUAAUAUGUAUAGCCCUGGGUGAUAUAGCUGAGAAAAUAAAUUUUGAUGAGGUCCUCUAGCUUAUGGGAAAGCAAAAAUAUUUAAUAAAUAAAUGUUGAAAUAUUGAGCCAAGAAAUUACUGAUUUUUGGCUCAGUAUCUUGAAUAAGUUAGUACUAGAGCUGGGCGAAAUAGAAUUUUUCAGCGUCUUUUAAGUAAAGCACGGCAAACAUUCUGCAGCGAAACACAAGUCCGUAGCUGCGUAUGGCCGCUAGCAAGGUCUACUGUGAGCAGCGAGCACGAGACGGCCAGGCAAGGUCGCGCACAAGGUCACAGUAGUCUGCCGGCGUGCUGUGCGUAUCUAUCAACUCAGCUGUUGCUGCGUUGCCGCCGCACGUACCGCGUACACAACACCAGGCAUAAAAAAUUUAAAGUUUUUCCUAUUUUGAAGGCUCAAAAUAUCGGCGCUGCUUAUACAUACCAAUAUACGGUAUAAAAACUGUGAAUUUUAGGCUACCACAAACUUUUAGACCUUCAUUUAAUACGUGUAGCAAUUUAAUCACUGUCAGAAUCAGUAACACUUUUCGGGAUCAGGAACACUACACUUUCCUUAGGUCUACUGUACGAACAUGAUGGAAACUCGUCUACACUUUGUGGCACUGUGGUGGGAGCUGUCAUAGUUGACAGAGGUGUUGCCUGGAGCAAACUGUCAAUCUUCAGCUGCGUGGUCUUGUGGUGCUGCUUUCGAAUCACAAUUUCUCGUGCUGACCGGAAAUGAUGAUAGAAUGGCUGCAGUUCAGUGUCAGUGGUUGAAUCAAUAAUGCUAAUUAGAGUAUCUAACGCAUCUCUGGCACUUGAUAAUUUUGAUUUUGAGAGGGGUUCUAAUUCCUCUUCUUCACCUGUGCUAUGUUCUGUGUUAGGAUACAUAACCUCUCGAACAAUUUCUUCGUCAGGCAGUAUCUGACAACGAAGUUCUGCCUCGUCAGCAUCUAACCACUCGCGGAUAUCUGCUUCUGUGGGGCCAGUUUCGCCACAUGCCAACAAUGUCUCUUGGUGAUCAGUGGCCUCGAACCCUUUAAAGUCGUGCUCUACGUCUUUGUCGAAGAGAAGCUUAUUCCAUCCAUUGACUAGCGUGGACGUUUUUAUUUCCCUCCAAGCCGAGGCCCAAUUGAAAAUGGCUGACUAUGUUGUAGGCCCGAAGUUUUUGCAGUGUUCUCUGGCCCCGUGUGUCCUCUUUUUCAUCUUGUGGUUCCUCCAAUACAAUUAUCACCUCAAAAAUAAAUUUCUUUUUGUACAAUCUCUUCGAGGCCAAGAUAAUUCCCUGAUCCAUAGGCUGAAUCAGGGAUGUUGUGUUUGGAGGCUUUGCCAUACACUUAAUUUUAUUAUUUAUUAUUAUUUAUUAUUUGUAAUUGUAACAUGCCAACUAACAGGACAAAGCCUUUAAUGGUAGGCUCACAAUUAGACACAAAUACACUCACAAUAAUAAACAUAAAUAAAAAACACAAAACAAUACAAUAUAAUACAAUAUAAAAACAAAACACACAUAACAAAGACAAUAAAACAAAAUUCAAAUGUUACAAUUUAGACGACACAGAACUAAAACACACAUAAUCAUUAAGAACUAAGGAAAAUAAUUAAAGUCUUUAUCAAAUUUGUUAAAGUUGGUUAUUUUACUAGCCUAAAGAUAAGAUCAUUAUUUCUGUUAACUGUACAUAAAGUGGAAGUUAAACGACUAUUAAAAGGAGGUACUCUUAAACCGGUGUUGUCAAGUAUAUAUUUACAGUUCAAUUUGUUAGUAUAACAGUUUUUAAUGAAAAUAGAGUCAAGUAAUUCUCUUCGACUUGGCCGUCACUACCUACUACAAAUCUUCUCACUUUGGGGGUGGGAAGGGGCAUUAUCGACGAGCAAGAAAGCUUUGACUUCAUCGGGAGAAAUCUUCAAAACAUCUUCCUGGAAUCGACGCACUUCAGGUACAAAGUGGUUUUGAAACCAGUCGUUUGUGAUUUCUUGUGUGAACCACACAUUCUUUGAGUUGUAGUAGUGAACAGGCAGGUUAUUCAUAAUCUCCUUGAGGACACGCGGCAGUAUCAUUACUUAGGGCUUCGCCAAACAUUCUCUUGUUGGUUAUGCUGUGUCUGUUGCGAAAACGCCACAACAAGCCAUCACUUGCUCGGGACUCUAUGUUCAGGUGCAUCGCUAGUCUUUCAGCGGCUGCUUGCAGCUCUACAACACACACUGCGAUGCCACUUGAUCGUUGCUGUACAUACCAUUUGUAAACUGCUUCUUCAAGAUCUGUUUCUGUAGGCUGCUUAAGCCGUUUUCUGCUUGAAACAAUUUUUUCGGAGUCACACUUGAACACACACUGCUUAAACUUGUCUUUAUUUUUUUUUAUGUCCGAAACUUUUUUUCGCGAUACCGUACUCAAGACAUAGAUUCGCCACAGAAACACCAGACUCAAGUUUUUUUAUCAAUUUUAAUUUUUCAGCAACAGUCAAAGUCACGCACUUUCUUUUAGGCCCCAUUGUGAAAUGUGAAUGUUCAUAACACGAAAAAAUUGUGGAACUGGGGAAGUGUAACGAGUGUUAACAAUAAGCUAGCCGCAUACUGACAUGUACACCUGCUGUUUAACAGCACGUGACGCACAGUAGUCCGUGCACCUGCCGGCCAAGACCUUGAACGAGGGGAAGAGACGGACAUGUUCUAGCUAGCGGCCGGCUGGCCGGCUAUGACGCCACGUCUCCGCCGGCAAGGCAGCGUUGUCAAGUCUCUGACAUUCGAAUUGACACUUUUUUCCCCUUCAAAGAAUCUGCCCAUACCACGCUGUACAUACUUUGUUUUUUUGCACAUUAUUGAACACCGCCAUUGCUAUUGUGUCUUAUAUGUUAAAGAAAUUAGUAAUUAUUUUGUUGCAAAUUUUUUUAAUUUAUUUAUUUAUUUUUAAUGGCUGUCCGACUUAUCCGAUGUCCGGAACAUCGAGGUCCGACUAAUCGAGCGUUAACUGUAGAUUAAUAACUAGAGUUAAAAGUGUAAAUAUGAAGUUACUUUGUCACCAAUUUGCAAAUGGUUUUUUAUUAUUAUUAUUUCUAAUAUACAGAAUGUUUUGUUUCGUACUGUAAUAUUUCCUGAAUGUGUUCAUUUGAUUUCACAUGAUUUGGGCUUACAUAAUGUAAAUUGCUCAAUUUGUCCUUUGUAAAAUUAUAGAAAUUUUUGGAAUUUGUUAUCCCCAAACAAUUCAGUUUCCUGUAGGUUAUUUUUUCCCUGCCCAGCUCUAAUAUAUUUUGUGAUUAAGAUUAUAAAUUAUGUGUUAAGGUUCAAUAAGCUAAAAGUAAUUUCUUAGGUUGCGACGUGUUGAUUAAUUGUAUUACAGUGGUUUUCGGAAUAUGAGACGACGCUGCUUCCAAGAGUCAAUUUUUCAGUAAUGAAAAUUGUAAAAUAAAUUUGCACCGUCAUAUAAGACGUGAGGCCACUGGAACUUA